AUGGGAGAUAAGUUGAUCAUAGUUUCUGGAGAGGAGGAUCUCCUUGUGAGUGGCCCAUCCUCCACCCGCUACAUAGAGGCAGCCGAGGAAGCUCUGAAAACAACUUUUCAAUCAUUAGAAAUCGUGGGAAACACAUAUGUUGAGCCAUUUCCUAUGAACCCACAUUUAUCGUACGCCUCUAUCAUGAUGGCCAAGGUCAUGCUGAAAGAAGGUUAUAAGUGCGGGAAUGGUCUAGGCAAGUAUGGACAAGGACGUACAUUCCCAUUGGAGGUGAUUAGGAACAAAAACAGAUAUGGCCUGGGGUAUAGACCCAGCAAGGAAGAUAACAAGAGGUUGAUUGAGGAAAGGAAGGAACGUAGUCUGGCUCGAAUGGGGAAAUGGCAACCCAAAGUGGGAAGAAUUCAUAUCUGUGACCUCAAGGAGAGCUUUCGCAGCGCUGGUUGGGUUAACGCUGGCCACAUAGCAGUUGUGGGAGAGGGAGAUGAAUCAGGAGGCUCUAGUUUCGUGCGGGCCUGUUCCCCGGAUGCACAACUCGACAAUUGGAAGAUACUGAAUUUACCCGUGAUGCUCAAUUUAAAUAAGAUAUAUGACAAUGAAUAUUUUGAAAGUGAUAAUGUCGAUAUUCCCGAUUUUGGGCGCCCUGUCAGUAAUACAGAAGAUGAUUUUGAUGACGACCCGGAACCCCCUCCUGAACUGUUAAGACUAGUGGAACAAGAGUGUAAGGAGAUGAAACCUCACCAGGAAGAUGUUGAAGUACUCAAUUUGGGGAAUGAGGAUGAGGUAAAGGAGGUGAAGAUCGGUACAGCCAUGAAGACGGGAGUGAAAGAAAAAUUGCGUGUCUUAUUGAGGGAGUUCAGGGAUGUGUUUGCUUGGUCUUACAAUGACAUGCCAGGCCUCGAUACGAAUAUUGUACAACAUCAUCUCCCACUUAAGCCAGAAUGCCCACCGGUAAAGCAAAAGUUAAGAAGAAUGAAGCCGGAAAUGUCAUUGAAGAUCAAGGAGGAGGUACAGAAGCAAUUCGAUGCAGGGUUUCUAGCUGUGGCGAGAUACCCAGAAUGGGUGGCAAACGUUGUACCGGUGCCUAAGAAGGAUGGUAAAGUUCGGAUGUGUGUCGAUUAUCGAGAUUUGAAUCGCGCAAGCCCAAAGGAUAAUUUCCCAUUACCACACAUCGACACCCUAGUUGAUAAUACAGCCAAGUAUUCACUAUUUUCGUUCAUGGACGGUUUUUUGGGGUAUAACCAGAUCAAGAUGGCCCCAGAAGAUAUGGAAAAGACGACUUUCAUUACAUUGUGGGGCACAUUUUGUUAUAAGGUGAUGUCUUUCGGACUCAAGAAUGCUGGGGCUACGUAUCAAAGGGCGAUGGUGGCACUUUUCCAUGAUAUGAUGCAUAAGGAGAUUGAAGUUUAUGUGGACGACAUGAUCGCGAAGUCCGAAUCAGAAGAGGAACACAUCCUCAACUUGAGAAAGUUAUUCGAAAGAUUGAGAAAGUACAAACUCAAGUUAAAUCCUGCCAAAUGCACGUUUGGAGUAAAGUCUGGAAAAUUGUUGGGCUAUAUUGUCAGCCAAAAAGGGAUAGAAGUUGAUCCUGACAAAGUGAGAGCAAUAACGGAAAUGCCGACGCCUAAAACAGAAAAAGAAGUUCGAGGGUUUUUGGGUAGAUUGAAUUACAUUGCUAGAUUCAUCUCCCAAUUAACUGCUACUUGUGAACCACUGUUCAAGUUGUUACGAAAGAAUCAGGCUGUGGUGUGGAAUGAGGAUUGUCAGGCCGCUUUUGAGAGAGUCAAACAAUACUUACAGGACCCUCCUGUAUCACGACCACCAGAACCAGGAAGGCCCCUCAUUUUGCAUUUGACUAUAUUGGACAAGUCCAUGGGCUGUGUAUUGGGUCAGCAUGAUGAGGAUGGCAAAAGAGAGCACGCUAUAUAUUACUUAAGCAAGAAGUUCACAGACUGUGAACAGCGAUAUUCAUCGUUAGAGCGGACUUGCUGCGCAUUGGCAUGGGCCGCUCAUCGUUUAAGGCAAUACAUGUUGAGUCAGUCCACAUGGUUGAUAUCCAAGAUGGAUCCUAUCAAGUAUAUUUUUGAAAAGCCUGCUCUUACAGGAAGGAUAGCUCGAUGGCAGAUGCUAUUGUCGGAGUACGACAUCGUAUAUGUCACUCAGAAAUCUGUGAAGGGCAGCGCACUAGCAGAAUACCUGGCUCAUCAACCCCUUUGUGAUUAUCAACCAAUGCGACCUGAAUUUCCCGACGAGGAUAUCAUGGCUAUAUUUGAAGGGAGCAAAGAAGGCCGAAACGAGAGAGCAUGGACAAUGUUAUUCGACGGAGCCUCGAAUGUGAUGGGACACGGAAUAGGGGCGGUGCUUAUCUCCCCGCAGCGUCAGUAUAUACCAAUGACGGCAAGGUUGUGCUUUAACUGCACAAAUAACAUCGCUAAAUAUGAAGCCUGUGCCAUGGGUAUUCGAGCAGCAAUCGAAUCAAAGGCAAAAGUUCUGGAUGUGUAUGGAGAUUCAGCUCUGGUCAUUCACCAAUUGAAAGGAGAGUGGGAAACUAGGGAUAUAAAAUUAAUUCCCUACCAAGCUUACAUCAGGGGCUUAAUGGAGUAUUUCGAUUCCGUCACCUUUAACCAUAUACCGCGAGAAGAUAAUCAAUUGGCAGACUCACUAGCUACCUUGUCGUCAAUGUUUGAGGUUGAUCAAGAUGCAGAAUUACCGAGAAUCAAAAUGAAAAGCCAUGCAGAACCAGCGUAUUGCCACUUCAUCGAGGAGGAGUUGGACGAAUACCCUGAGGGUGCGUCCGAAAACGAUAAAAGAGCGCUAAGAAGGUUGGCCGGCAGUUUCAUUUUAAGUGGGAAUGUUUUGUACAAGAGAAACCAUGACAUGGUUCUCCUUAGAUGUGUGGAUGCAAAGGAAGCCGAGUUGCUACUGAAAGAAGUGCACGAAGGUACAUUUGGUACACACAUGAAUGGACAUUCGAUGGCUAGGAAGAUCUUAAGAGCUGGUUACUUCUGGUUGACCAUGGAAAAUGAUUGUUGCAUACACGUGAGAAAGUGUGAGAGAUGUCAGGUAUAUGCGGACAAUAUCAAGGUGCCACCCACGACUCUGAACGUGUUGUCCGCACCAUGGCCAUUUUCGAUGUGGGGAAUAGAUGUCAUCGGAGCUAUAGAACCAAAAGCGUCAAACGGACAUCGCUUCAUACUAGUCGCGAUCGACUAUUUCACCAAAUGGGUUGAGGCUGCUUCGUAUGCCAACGUGACUAGAAAGGUGGUGGUUGGAUUCAUAAGGAAGGAGUUGAUCUGUAGAUAUGGGCUACCUAGCAAGAUCAUCACUGAUAACGCUACCAACCUGAACAAUCAGAUGAUGGUCGAGUUGUGUGAGGAAUUCAAAAUUCACCACCAUAAUUCCUCUCCUUAUCGUCCAAAGAUGAAUGGGGCAGUAGAGGCUGCUAACAAGAACAUCAAGAAGAUCGUGCAGAAGAUGGUGGUCACCUACAAGGACUGGCACGAAAUGCUUCCUUUCGCUUUGCACGGAUAUCGCACAUCAGUACGAACAUCGACUGGGGCCACGCCAUUCUCGCUAGUGUAUGGAAUGGAAGCGGUACUUCCAUUUGAGGUCGAAAUUCCCUCCUUACGCGUGUUAAUGGAAACUAAGUUAGUGGAAGCUGAAUGGGUUCAAACCCGAUUCGACCAACUCAACCUUAUCGAAGAAAAAAGGUUAACAGCAGUGUGUCAUGGACAACUGUAUCAAAGGAGAAUGAAGAAGGCGUUCGACAAAAGGGUACAACCAAGAGAAUUUCACGAAGGCGAACUGGUGUUGAAGAGGAUUUUGCCCAUCCAAAAGGAUUAUAGGGGCAAGUGGACCCCAAACUAUGAAGGGCCGUUUGUGGUGAAGAAAGCAUUCUCUAGUGGGGCACUAAUUCUCACACGGAUGGAUGGGGAGGAAUUACCGUUACCGGUUAAUUCUGAUGCGGUCAAAAAGUUUUAUGCAUGA